AUGAAGUGUGGAGGAGUUGUUACCACUACUGAUCGCACUGUCACAACAGAGGAUCUCAAGCAACAAAUUUUGGAAACCGAAGCAAGUAUAAUAGUUGCUGACGAGGAAGUCUUAGAUAAAGUGUUGCCCAUAGCACAGAAGCAUAAUGUGAAGACGAUCUUCUGCGUGAAAAGCCCCUGGUCAAAUAGAAAAUUACCUAAAGGAGUAAUUGAUUUCCAAAAGGUCAUGGUCGGGUGUGUGAGCGAAACAAAGGAUUUAGAGUACAGCUCAACUGAUAUAGCUGUGGUCACAUAUAGUGCGGCUGCAAAUGGUUUACUGGUUGGAAGAAUGCUCACUCAUGAGAACAUUUCUACUGCUGCUGAUAUUUAUGAAAAGUUUUUGCAACGCAUGAUGAGAAAAGAGCUGAAUUAUGCGAACAUUUCGGAGGAACGACUGUUGUAUUGUUCAUCUUUAGCCAAUAUGUUUGGUCUUUUGUGCAUGGAUGUCGCUUUAAUCAUGGGAUUCACAUCACCUUGUCUGCUAAUCACUGAGCCGAAAAACAUCGUCGCGACGUUGAAGCAACCUAUAUCGGAAGAUUUCAAAGUCUCAUCACUAGAAUAUGUCCUCUGUAGUGGACCAGUUUUGGGCAAAGGCGCUCGCAACGAGUUUCUCCAAAUGUUCCCCUCCGUGCAAUACAUGGCUGAUGGAGCGGGCAUGAUUGAUGGUGCGCCAGCUGCACUGAUACCUAACGUUGAGGACAAAAAGAAUGGUAACUGCGUAGUGCCGACUUGUGAAACUAAGCUUGUUUGCGCAAGAAGAGAAGUGGAAGCUGAUGAAAUGGGAGAAAUCUUCCUACGAGGUCCAACUGUCAUGCAAGGUUAUAUUGACGAUGGUGAACCUAUCGAUGCAAAUGGCUGGUUUCAUACAGGAGAAGUUGGUCAUUUCGACCAACAAGGCAACAUCUUUGUGGAUGGUCGUUUAGAUGACUUCAUUGACGUGUGUGGAAAUCAGUACUGUCCAUUGUCCUUAUUGUUGUUCAUUGUUAAUGUCUCAGUUGUGAUAAUACUGGACAGAGGAGUGAAGGUCGAGAAAGGCUCAUCGCCAAUAGGAGUAAACAAGGCCGGUGGCCUACCUAACUGA